UCCAUGAUCACUGAAUUUACACUUUGAGCUUGAUAUGAAGGCCAAAGUGUAAAUUCAGUAAUCAUUGAAUUGUUUCUAAACGACGAUUUGCACCUGGAUAAUCUCGAGUGAUUGUAAGUGUGAUGAUCAUCUGCUAAAUGAGCAACAACGACCACAAUUCACUCCUUCAGUCAGUGAAGCUCCCACAGCCGUUCAUGAGAGUUUAAAUGCUGGGGAAUAUUCCCAUCUUCCCACAGGAGAAGAAGAAGCAAGCAGGAGGAAUUACUCCAGGAGAAACUACGGACAUACUAUUGUAAAGAUGGAGAUUAAGGAAGAACCCUGCAGAAUAAAAGAUGAAGAUACAGAGGAACAAAUAGAAGAAGCAAGCAGGAGGAAUUACUCCAGGAGAAACUACGGACAUACUAUUGUAAAGAUGGAGAUUAAGGAAGAACCCUGCAGAAUAACAGAUGAAGAUACAGAGGAACAAAUAGGUUGGUACAAACUGCAUCAGUUUCAAAAACCUCAUUAUUUCACAAAUGAAGAUGGAAAUGCAGUCGUUUCAAAGACUGAAGAGAAUUUCACACAGAAACAAGCUGGAAAAUCUGGAGUCGAAGGAUCUUUAACCUGUUUUGAGUGUGGAAAGAGUUUCCUAUAUAAAUCAAAGCUGAACACACACAUGAUUAUUCACACUGGAGAAAAGCCUUAUACAUGCUCUCAGUGUGGAAUGAGUUUCAUUCAUAAAGGACACUUAAAUGACCACAUGAGAAUUCACACCGGAGAAAAAACUUUCACCUGCACUCAGUGUGGAAAGAGUUUCACUUACAAACGCUCUCUCAAAGAUCAUCUGCGCCGUCACUCUGGAGUGAAGCCAUUCAGCUGUGAUCAGUGUGAUAAAACAUUUGUUUUUGAAUACGGCUUAAGAGAACACCUUAAAGUUCAUACUGGUGUAAAGCCUCACGUCUGUUCUGUAUGUGGAAAGAGUUUUUCACAUCUUGGAUCUUUAAAAGAGCAUGAGAGUAUUCAUACUGGUGUGAGACCUUAUGUGUGCUUUGACUGUGGAAAGACCUUUAUUAAAUCAGGCACAUUAAUAAGACACCAGAGAGUUCAUACUGGAGAGAAACCGUACAAGUGUUCACACUGUGAAAAGAGUUUCUCUCGGUCAGGAAACCUGAAAGAUCAUGAGAGAAUUCAUACUGGAGAGAAACCGCACCAGUGCUCUUCAUGUGGGAGAAGUUUCACCAUAUUGUCUAAUCUACAGCGACAUAAGAAAAAGCAUUGCCUGAAUGUGUCUAAGCGAGCAAAGUUCACUUCCAUAACUUGUUAA